UCAGUUCAGGAAUUGGAAUAUAAGAUUGAAGGGUUGAUGAGAACCCAUCAAGCCGCUAACAUUGCCAUCACAACGUCCUUGACUAUCAACACUUAAGCUGUUUGCCAUGGCACCGGACGCACUCGUUCCCAAUGACCCGCGUGUCAAGCACAAGUUUAUUAAAAUUAAAGGCACCGACAUUAUAUAUUAUUACGUGCUGGCUGAGCCAGCAAAGCCACGCGCCACUGUCUUGCUCUUCCACGGGUUUCCAGAUCUGGGCAUUGGCUGGAGAUAUCAAGUGCCAUACUUGCUCUCCCUCAAUUUGCGAGUCAUCGUACCAGAUAUGUUGGGCUACGGGAAGACGUCUGCUCCAGAUUCGCCGGAAGAGUACAGCUUCAAGAAGAUGUGCGACCAAAUGGCAUAUGUCAUCAACGAGAUUGUCCCAGAGAAACGAGUUAUUCUUGGCGGUCAUGACUGGGGAGCAUUCAUGGCGUGGAGAAUGGCCAUGUGGUAUCCGGAGCUCCUUCACUGCGUGUUUUGCUUGGCCGUCAACUUCACGCCGCCGAACCGCCAAUACAUUGACCUAGACGAGGUUGUCAAGCGGGUGCCGACGUUGAAAUAUCAACAGCAGUUCGCAGGGCCGGAAUUGGAGAAGGUCCUGCUGGAUCCUCGUCGCUUGCGAGGCUUUUUGGACGUUUCUUACAAGGACGCUUCACAGGUCAUUGCUUCUAACAACUCCAACAGUCAGGGAUUAGCUGUCGAGGCCUUCGAUACUGCCCAGCCUACAAGACUCAUGCCAAAGACAUUGAUGGAUCACUAUGUGGACGAGUACAUGCGCCAUUCGAUACACGCGCCCUUCAAUUGGUAUCGCACCCGGAAGUAUAAUUUCGAAGAUGAGCUAGUCUUUGCGACAAGACCGCACAUUCAUAAAUUCAAUCUGCCCGCGAUGUGCGUCAUGGCCAAAUAUGACGUUGCGCUGCCACCGGAGAUGGCCAAGAAGAUGAAGAGGCACUUUGAGGGACCUUUUGUGUUGAAGACAUUCGAUUGUAGCCACUGGAUCAUGAUCGAGAAACCUGAUGAGACCAAUCAAGCCAUUGGAGAAUUCAUAGAAACGGUCCUUGACGGGUCAAAGUCUGGUCCAAGGCUAUAA